CGUUUGGAGGCCAGUCUUCUCGAUGCCGAUGCUUCCGUUCGGCCACGUGUUGGGGACGCGCGAGGAUGGGCGAUCCGAGCUCGUUGUAAGGUCUUGAUGAAGACGAAUCCAGCAAGCGCAAGGAUUGCGUUCCUGGGUGAGCUGACAACCAUAUACAAAGUGGGCAUCUUAUGAUGUCUGAAUUUGACAAUGAAAAAAAGGGCAUCAAGCCUGCUGCUUAUGAAAGAAUAGUCCUAAAGAAUGUUUCUGAAUACCAUUAUUUGAAGAUCCGUUUGGAGUUUGAAGAAGCUGGCAUUAGUUUAAAUCCUGUUGAUUUCAAACAACUUAUCAUCUCUGCUUUGAAACGGCUCCAUGGUGAGGUUGGUGCUGCAUUACCUGUUGAUGUUUUGACAUAUGAGGAAAAAACAUUGACUGCCAUACUUAGAGUAUCUAAUACUGGCCUUGUAAAACUGUGGAGUGCUUUAUCAUUGCUUGGCUCGUACCAGAACAGAAAAUGUGCCUUUAGGGUGAUACAGACUUCUCCAUUUCUUCUUGCGUUAGCUGGGAACAGCAGAGAAAUGGUGCUAGAUUAAUUAUUCAGUUGAUUAUGGUUUGUAUAACACUAUGAUGUUGAUGGCAUUGCCCAAAUGCAGAUUUUUUUGUGUGAGACUUGGGAG